AUGGUGGACAAACCGUCAGAGGCGGUGGACAGACCUUCAGAAGAGGUGGACAGUCAGAGGCAGUGGGACCAUCAGAGGAGGCGGGCAGACUGUCCAAGGCAGUGGGCAGACCGUCAAGAGGUGGGACCGCUGAAGCAGCAGAAGAAGGAGGAGGAGUCGGCCGGCGGCACCAAGGGCAGCAGCAAGAAGGCGUCGGCGGCGCAGCUGCGGAUCCAGAAGGACAUAAACGAGCUGAACCUGCCCAAGACGUGUGACAUCAGCUUCUCUGACCCAGACGACCUCCUCAACUUCAAGCUGGUUAUCUGUCCUGAUGAGGGCUUCUAUAAGAGUGGGAAAUUUGUGUUCAGUUUUAAGGUGGGCCAGGGUUACCCACAUGACCCCCCCAAGGUGAAGUGUGAGACGAUGGUUUAUCACCCCAACAUUGACCUCGAGGGCAAUGUUUGCCUCAACAUCCUCAGAGAGGACUGGAAGCCAGUCCUUACGAUAAACUCCAUAAUAUAUGGCCUGCAGUAUCUCUUCUUGGAGCCCAAUCCCGAAGACCCGUUGAACAAGGAGGCUGCCGAGGUCCUUCAAAACAACCGGCGGCUGUUUGAGCAGAAUGUGCAGCGCUCCAUGAGAGGUGGCUACAUCGGGUCCACCUACUUCGAGCGCUGCCUGAAAUAGGGUUGGCGCAUAUCUGCCCCUGCCAGGGUCACCAGCCCGGGCAUCCCCUGCAAAUAUUUAUUGGGGGCCACGGGUGGGGUUUGGGGGCCAGUGGGGGAAUCCCUGCAUUGGUCUUGCCACUCCUCCCUGCUACUUACCCCUAGUUAUUUUUUUUUUUAACCACCAUGUGAUUAUGGUCGGCGCUGCCUUUCCCCGACCUGCUCAGCGAUGGGAAAUGAAUUGGCUUGUCUAGCCCCCCUCCUCCCCGCUGGGUGCUAUCCAGCCGCCCGCUCUGGGUUGUGGGGUGGGUGGGCUAGGGGUCUGGGUAAGCUGGGCCUCAGAAACCCACCCCUCCAUCACUGGAGGUCCCACCAGGCUAUUAAAGGGGAAUGUUACUGCA